AUGGCUAAAGAAUCAAGUUUGACGUUUACAAACCCGGUCAUUCGCGGCUUCAACCCGGAUCCUACCGUCUGCGUUGUUCCCGCCACGUAUUCAACCCCAACGACGUUCUUCCUUAGCACUUCGACAUUUGAGUUCUUCCCCGGAUGCGCCAUUUACACGUCAACCAAUCUAAUUGACUGGAAACUCAUUGGACAUGCGCUCAAUCGUCGAAGCCAGAUAAAUAUGCGGACUGUCGAGCCUGGUGCGGGUAGUUGGGCCAGUACUUUGAGAUAUCGACCUGAGGAGAAGAGAUGGUAUUUGGCCAAUGGCGUUUUCCACCGUUACCGACCAACUGUCGAUGAACGUAUCUUUCCCAGAGGAUUCUAUGUUUGGACUGACAAUAUCUGGGACGACACUGCAUGGUCUGACCCAGUUUACUUUGACAACCCUGGCUUUGACCAAGAUUUGUUCUGGGACGACGAUGGGAAGGUCUAUCUCUCAACCACAAUGCGCUUCUCCUGGCGAGACCCCAACUCGAAGCAGAAAGACUUUGGAAUUCACAUCUCUGAGAUCGACAUCUCAACUGGUCGAACCCUCACCGCUCCGAAAGUCAUCCGAAAGUCUCCUCAUGGAAUUGCCGAGGGCUCUCAUAUCUUCAGGCGAGGAGACUGGUACUAUCUCUUGACCGCUGAGGGAGGCACAGAAGCCGGUCAUCAAGAGUGGGUGUUUCGAAGCAAAGACAGCCCACUAGGUCCGUGGGAGAGCCAGGGAAAGCCUCUUUGGUACAAUGGACCCGAUGAAGAAGUUCAGAGAACGGGACAUGUUGAUGUCUUUGAGGACGGAAACGGAGACUGGUGGUCUGUCUUACUGGGUGUUCGACCAGUGCAACAACAGGGGACCUUUUUGGAACCGCAACUAGGACGAGAGACCUUUCUCGUCAAGGUUGAGUGGAAGAACGACUGGCCAGUCUUCAAUGACGGUAAAAAUAUCACACUGAAGACUGAAGGAAGAAAUCUUAUCAAAUCAGCUUCGAAACCAAGUCUUCGAAUAUGGAAGGCCGAUCUUUCAAAAGAUGAUCUGGAGUUGGGAUGGUACCAAAAGAAGAAGCCGGGUGUGUUAAGACUAUAUGGUAACUGCUACGACUUAACAUCUCCUGAGGCACCGGCCAUGCUUCUUAGGAAACAGACUUCGUAUAACCAGGUGUUCAAAACAAAAAUGGAGUUCAAACCUACGGUUAGAGGCUACGAAGCUGGUGUUGUACUAUGGUGGAGCCAGCACUCUUACGCCUCCUUGGGAGUCGUCGCUUCAGAAAACUACAAUGGAAAGGUCGAAGCAAUGAUCAGCUAUAAGGGAGCCUCUGGAGAUGCGAACAAGUUCAAGAAUUCAGAGACAGAUCUUAAAGGUAAUCUCGAAAACGUUGAGUUGUCUAUCCGUGCAUAUCCGACCAAGUAUGAGCUGUAUCUCAAGGCUGGAGGAAAGGAGUCAGAAGUAUAUACUGUGAAUGCCAGUGCUUUAACGGUGAUGCCAGCCCACGGAGGAUGUUUUACCGGAACAAUGUUUGGAAUUUAUUCCUAUGGCAAGAAUCAGCCUGUAUUGGAUCUAGUAGAUUUUUCAUAUAUUAGCACAGAGGAGCUUGAGUAG